AUGUUGUGCCUCCUUUGGCUGGUGUCCGUUUGGGCCCUUUGCUGGGCCGGGACCCUAUCGGAGGGUCAGCUGAUACGCAUCCCCAUGCAGCUCCAGGCAUCGUUCAUGGCCACCCGGCGACAGCACCGAGCAGGAAAACAGUUGCUCUACGCCAAGUACAAUCUGGCCAACAGUGAGGCAUCGCAGAGCAGUGGCGGUGCCAGUGAGCCGCUCGACAAUCGAUUGAACCUUGAGUAUGCCGGUCCCAUCAGCAUUGGCACCCCCCGACAGCCCUUCAAUAUGCUGUUUGACACGGGAUCCGCUAAUCUGUGGGUGCCCAGUGCGGAGUGCUCGGCUAGGAAUGUGGCCUGCCAACACCAUCAUCGCUACAAUGCCUCUGCUUCGAGCAGCCAUGUGCCCGACGGUCGGCGAUUCGCCAUCGCCUAUGGCACCGGCAGUCUAUCUGGCAGGCUGGCCCAGGACACGGUCUCUGUUGGGCGUCUGGUGGUGCAGAAUCAAACGUUCGGCAUGGCCAUCCAUGAGCCUGGCUCCACCUUUGUGGAUACCAACUUUGCGGGCAUUGUGGGUUUGGCUUUCCGUUCCAUUGCGGAGCAGCACGCCACUCCGCUCUUCCAGAACAUGUGCGACCAGGGCUUGGUGGAUCAGUGCGUGUUCUCCUUUUACCUCAAGCGAAAUGGCAGCGCCCAGCAGGGUGGCGAGCUGCUUUUCGGCGGCAUCGAUGCCAGCAGAUUCACGGCGCCACUUACCUACGUACCCCUCACCCAUGCCGGCUACUGGCAGUUUCAAAUGCAGAGCGUGGAAGUCGUUGGCAAGACCAUCAGCCAGGGGCGUCAGGCUAUAGUGGAUACUGGCACCUCGCUGCUGGCGGCCCCGCCGCGAGAGUAUUUGAUCAUCAAUAGCCUCCUCGGGGGUCUGCCCACGGCCAGUGGCGAGUACUUGCUCCGGUGCUCGGACAUCGGUCGCCUGCCGGAGGUUUUUUUCGUCAUUGGGGGCCAGCGCUUCGGGCUGCAGCCGAGGGACUACGUUAUGCAGGUGGCCAACGAUGACGGCUCCUCGGUGUGUCUGUCAGCCUUCACCUUGAUGGACGCGGAUUUCUGGAUUCUUGGCGAUGUCUUCAUCGGGCGCUAUUACACGGCCUUCGAUGCGGCCCAGAGGCGGAUCGGCUUUGCCCCAGCCGCCUGA